UUAGAACCUUAGAUUCAUGUAUGUUUUGCCGUGUGUUCUCGGUUACGCAAUGUUCGAUGAAGAUGGCAGAGCUAUGUGUCCUUUUUGCUGCAAAUUUAACUACGAUAUAUUUUGACAAUCGUAUUGCCAUCAUAAUAUGUCUCACGUCUUACAUAAAAAGUAAUUGAAAAAUGCAAUACUCUUCAUUUUGUUUUCCGCUCUUUAGAAAUAUGUGUAUAGUGGCGAAAUCAACACAGCCUCCGAUAUCAAUUUUCGGUAUUGAAGGACGCUAUGUAAGUGCGCUUUACAGUGCAGCAUUACAAAUGAAACAAAUGGAGCAAGUAGAAAAACAUUUGCAAACCUUGCAAAAAGAACUGGUGAAGCCAAAGAUAAUAGAUUUUAUUGAAUCUAGUAUGAUUUCUGCAGGUGACAAAGCGAAGUUAUUGAAAGAUGUUGGAGAAAAAGCAGGUAUGCCUCCCGCGGCUAUUAAUUUCUUAGUUGUCGUCGCCGAGAACGGGCGUCUGAAAAUGCUUAGACGAAUGAUAACAUUAUUUUCUACGGUCAUGGUGGCACAUCGCAAUGAAGCGCUAUGUGAAGUGAUCACUGCUAAGCCCCUAGACGAAUCGACACGCAAAACUUUGAUGGAAGCUCUGAAGAAAUUUGUAAAGGGCAAGAAUAUUACACUAACGGAAAAAGUUGAUUCUUCAAUCAUUGGCGGCUUGAUUGUCGGCAUAGAAGAUAAACACAUUGACAUGAGCAUCUCAAGAAAGGUGCAAAUGUAUACAGAUAUUAUAAAACAGUCUGUUUAA